GGCUUGUAGGAUUUAGUUGGUUAGUUUUGGUGCUUGCAAGCAAGCAUAGUCAAUAUUGUUGUCGAGAAUAAGAAGGUGUGUUUGCGGAUUGACAUUGUUGUGACUUGUGGAUCUGCAGUGUGAAUUAACGAAGUUGUGAAGCAUGAUGAGGCUUCUUGGAAGUCUCACGAUGCUUCACCUUCUAAUGUGGCUGUUUUGGUUGCCGCGAUUAGGCAGUUCUCAGGUAACUGACUUUCCUAUAGGGGCUGCGCGGGCACUAGAUGCACUCCUCCAGGAUUAUGCUUAUCGUGCAUUUGAUAGCUCGAGAAUUAGAACAGGUGUUAUCUAUGAUGGAAAUGUCCCCUCGAAUUUGACAGGGAUUAAGGUGUCUGGAUUGAGGCUUAGGAGUGGCAGCUUAAGGAGUCGAGGAUUUGAAAUGUAUAAAGAGUUCAAAAUACCUAUUGAUGUAGUUGAACAGCCUUUUGUUGAGAGGCUUGUUCUUGUCUACCAAAAUUUGGGCAAUUUAUCUGCAACAUAUUACAACUUAUCUGGCUACAUGUACUUAGCUCCUGUAUUGGGUCUUCUUGCUUAUGAUGCAUCAAACUUGGCAGCAACUAACUUGCCUGAGUUGGAUAUCAAAGCUUCCGGUCAGCCCAUCUCAAUACGAUUUUCAGAUGUCAAGCCGUUGCCUGUUGGAUCAUCUCCAAAGUGCGUUUCAAUUGACUUACAAGGGUCUCUGAAUUUCAGCAAUGUUUUGUCAGAUAACACUUGCACAACCUUUCAACAAGGACAUUUCUCUAUUGUGAUCGAGUCAAUUGCUCCUGGUCCAUCCCCUCCAACAGAAACACCCAUAAAUCAUCAUAAGGGAAAGAAGAACAAGUCAAAAGUCUGGAUAAUUGUUGGUUCGAUAGUAGGAGGACUAUUAUUGAUGUUUCUUUUAGGUCUUCUAAUAGUGUGUGUGAGCAAGUACAAACACAAGAAGAAAAUGCAACAAAUGGAGAGGGCUACGGAGGUUGGAGAGUCAUUACAAAUGACUAAAGUCGGGAGCACAAAAGCACCGGCUGCUACUGUAACACGAACACAACCUACACUAGAAACUGAGUACAGACCCUGAUUUUUCCCAUCUACACAAGCUCUGCUUCACAUGUCCACAUUCUUGUUUUGUUGAUGUUAUAUAUUCUUCCAACCACACUCCUUUUUCUUGGUGUUGCUUUAUUCAAUUAUUUUGUAGGUUUAUGAUAGCAAUGUGGAUUGUAGCAUGGUUAUUGUGUAAACAAUAAUCUUUUAGCUUUCACAUUAGCCAUUCAUAUUUGUGGUGGUUUGUUAUGGUGUGCAUUUAUUCUUUUAGCAUUUGUUAGAGUUCAUUGUGAUGAAAGUUUGUACAAUUCAUUGACAAGAAAUAAAAUAUUUUGAUAGGUUUUUUUUCUUUGCUUA